CUCCCAUGAAGAGGAGCGCGGCUGGCGGAAGCGAAGCUGGCUCCCUCUAGGGCUGGCACUUUCUCGGCGACCACACGGACGGGCUCCUGAAGGCUCCCAGCAUGGCCAAGCACGUUUUCCUCACGGGACCACCAGGAAUUGGAAAAACAACACUGAUCCAGAAAGCUGCUGAUGUUUUAAAAUCAUCUAGUCAUCCUGUUGAUGGAUUUUACACAGAGGAAGUGAGAGAAGGUGGCCGGAGAAUCGGGUUUGAUAUUGUCACUAUGAGUGGAAGAAGAGGAAUUUUGUCUAGAGUUGGCUCUGGUCCUUCAACAGCAAGGCAUGAAUAUCGUGUUGGCCAGUAUGUAGUAGACCUAGCUUCAUUUGAACAGCUGGCUCUUCCUUUGUUGAGAAAUGCUGAUCUUGGCAGCAGUGCCAUGAAAAAGGUCUGCAUAAUUGACGAGAUUGGUAAAAUGGAGCUCUUCAGCCAGUUGUUUAUUCAAGCUGUCCGUCAAAUUCUGAGCGGAUCCGGAAUUGUGAUACUUGGAACAAUCCCAGUGGCUAAAGGAAAGCCCUUGGGGCUCGUGGAAGAAAUCAGAAAUAGGAAGGAGGUGAAGGUCUUCAGUAUUACAAAGGAGAAUAGAGACAGCAUUUUGCAAGAUGUUGUGGCAGCUGUGCAGAAUUGCCUAAAAUGAGAUGCUUGUGUUAAACAUACUAUCUCAUGUGUUCGUUACAGUCCAAUGCAACUUCUAUUGAUCUCUUUGGCGUUUUAUUGACUUUGAAUAUACAGAUGUGGGUUGUGCUGUUUCACAUUUGUUACUGGACACUGCUUUCCUAAUCAGAUUUAUUCCAUUUACAGAUAAGAAUAUUGACUGUUUUACCAGACCAUUUAUCAUAUGACCCCAAAGUCAAGUUAUUUCAUUAUUAGCUUUAUCAUACCAAUUAGAGUCUGGAUUCUGUACUGAAUUUUACCUAACUCUAGAUAACAUGAGUGGCAAACUAGUUCUACACAGUACUGCAUCAAAAUUGGUGAAAUUUGGAUUAGAUGUUUUCACUUUUAGCUUCUCCUUCUAUUGCAUUGUAGAAGGAGAAGCUUCUCUUAGUCUUAAGAGUUUUUCAAACAGUUAAUCUCUCCUAUACAUCACUAACUGAAGCUCUACCUUGUUUGCUCAUGGAUAGAUCAGGGAUACUAGUAAUGAAAUAUAGAUAAAUCAGUUUGAAUUCCCUUUCAAGGUAAGUAUGGUAGAAAAAGAUGACCAGGGUUCUAGAAACAAAGGACACAUAAAUUGGCAUAGAAAAGAAACAGUGAAGUUUAUUUUUCAGAUGUUGGGGAUAGCUGUAGGGGAUUCUGCCAGAUUUUCCAAUAGCCCUCUUUGUUCGUCAUCGUCCCCCCAUUUCGAAAUUUCAGAUAUUUCCUAUGUAUAUAUUUCCAUUAAGCUAUAUUGAAAGAUAUUUCUUGUAUAAAUCAUUUCCCCCCAGCAACUCAGUUUGACAUUUAAUGGUGCAAGUUAACCAAUCUGUUGAGUCCUCUAAUGCUUAACAAUAUUUGUUUGUUUCCUUUAGCACCUAUCUCAGCUAAUAAAGAAACUAUAAAUUACUGUAA